GGCCUAGAAUAUUUUUUCAGUGACAAAUCGUGAAAAAUUACAUUGAAUCUACAUAAUAAUCAAGGAAACGAUGGAAAGCAGCAGUGACAUAGUCAGGUUGAACGAGGAGCCAAGCGGUGGUUUGGAGAUGUCUUGGAACGAUUGUGAGUCCGAUUCGGCAGACUCGUGGAAAACCAAAGAAUUCAUUACGUUGUCGUUCAAAGAUUUAUCAGAAAAGCAAGCGAAAUUAAAAAAAGUUACCGAGAUCAAGAAUGAUAAACCUAAAUUGAAGUCUCCAUCAAUAACCAACAGUAAAUCAGUAAUUUCGGGAAAAGUUCAUGAAAAUCAGAGAAAUGAAAAGAGACUCGCAAUUGUAAAUAAAAAGGGAUUUAAUUAUGAUAAUAAUCAACAGUCGUAUAUAUUUGUCAUCACCGUACUGGUAAAAAUGUUCCUCAUGAAUAAGCCUUAA